AAAUCACAUUACAUUUACACCGGCUUUCAUCAUACGCACUGACAGAUAUCCUGGUCUGAGCUGAACGGGCCUUGACAGCAACACAGAGCAGCGAAAACUGACCAACAAGUGAAUCAUGGAAACCAGCGCAGAAACCGCACCUGCUUCUUCAUGGACUGAUUGUUCUGUAAUAAAGCGGAUCCGCAUGUUGGUCCCUGUUGGUUUCAAGAAAGAAAUAAAAGAGUUGUCUAAACUAGCCGGACCAGUGAUAAUGGCCCAAUUCAUGAGUUUUGCAGUGAGUUUUGUUAGUACUGUUUUCUGUGGUCACCUGGGGAGGAUAGAGCUGGCAGCAGUUUCUUUGGCCACAGCAGUGGUUAAUGUUACGGGUGUAUCUGUUGGAGUUGGUCUGUCAGCAGCAUGUGAUACUCUGAUUUCUCAGACCUUUGGGAGCCACAACCUCCUGAGAGUUGGGGUUAUUCUGCAGCGGGCGAUCCUUAUUUUGUUACUGGCCUGUUUCCCCUGCUGGGCGAUCCUUAUUAACACAGAACUCAUUCUGUUGGCUGUCAAACAGGAACCAGAGGUGGCCAGGUUGUCUCAGCUGUAUGUGAAGAUCUUUAUGCCCGCACUUCCCGCUACGUUCAUGUAUUCAUUACAAACAAGAUACCUGCAAAACCAGGGCAUCAUAUGGCCACAGGUAAUCACAGGCGUUGUGGUCAAUCUUCUCAACGCUCUCAGCAACUACAUCUUUCUUCACCCGUUAAAUCUGGGAGUAGCAGGUUCUGCUAUUGCCAACACCAUUUCCCAGUUCUCCAUGGCUGGGAUACUCUUUGCUUAUAUUGUUUGGAAAGGUCUUCAUAAGGCCACCUGGGGAGGCUGGUCUAAGGAGUGUCUGCAGGACUGGGGCUCAUACAUCCACUUGGCUAUCCCCAGCAUGGUCAUGUUGUGUGUUGAGUGGUGGACAUAUGAGAUUGGAAGUUUUCUGGCAGGUCUGAUAAAUGAGGUAGAACUUGGAGCUCAAUCGGUUGUAUACCAACUGGCAAAUGUUGCAUACAUGCUCCCUAUGGGCUUCAGUAUAGCAGGCAGUGUAAAAGUUGGAAAUGCCUUGGGAGCGGGAGACACAGAGCAGGCCAAGCUGUCUGCUAAACUGACGAUGUUCUGUGCAGUGUCAGUAUCUGUAUGUAUGUCAGUUCUCAUUGGGGGCCUGAAGAAUCAUAUCUCUUAUGUCUUUACAGAUGAUGAACAAAUCAGGGAAAGGGUUGCUGAUGUUAUUGCUUUUUAUGCUCCAUUCAUCCUCCUGGAUGCAGUAUCAGCUGCCUCUGGGGGCAUUAUAAGAGGAGCAGGUAAACAGAGAAUUGGAGCUAUUUGCAACACUUUGGGAUUUUAUGGAAUUGGUUUUCCUAUUGGAGUGCCACUGAUGUUUGUAGCCAAAUUAGGAAUCAAGGGCCUGUGGACAGGUUUGUUUACCUGUGUGUUUCUGCAGUCCUCGUUUCUGAUUUUCUACCUGAUAAGAUUGAACUGGAAGAAAGUAACAGUCGAGGCUCAAAUCAGAGCGGGAGUGUGUGGGAGCUCCACAGACACAAGUCCCCAACUAGAUGAUUCAGGGAACUCACGGGACUUCACGGACAUCAUGGAUCUGAAUGAAACUGAGGUGGAACCGGCAGAAAAACCAGUGGAGGAGGAGGGGCUCCCUCACAGGACUCUGGUUCUGCGCAGGGGCUUUGCUCUGGCUGCCAUGCUGUUCAUCCUGGCUGCUGGAAUCAUUACGAACCUACUGAUCACGAACUUGGUUACAUGAACAUGGGGAAAAG